GUCUCUAUAUUUGUAGAGAUGCGUAUUAAAGGCAGGUGGCAGCGCAGCAGAAUGCGUAAUGGAAGUGAAGCGCCAGGACAGCUUACAUAAAGGUAUUAAGUUAGUGUAUGACAUUAUAUCCAGCAAAAUGUAAAGAUUAUUGGUCUGUACAGUUUAGAAGCCCCUCUGCUGGGCUCUGGAAUGUCUGUUCUGCUCGUGUCACCAUCUGAAAUGAGAGUCUGGAGCGCCACGUACGCUGACAACUGUGGGGAAGAGAAUCUACGCAGAGUGACAACUCCACUAGGACUGGACAACAGGGGCGAGCAGUAGGGCUUCCUGGGGAAUAGUGUCUCUAAUAUUUACCCACCUAAAAGCAAAAAUCUUCUAAUCAACAAAGUCAUUUACCACAAAGCCAUGGCAGCAUCAGAGAAGGCACUGAUUUACGGAGGGGACACGCACUGCGCGCUGGCCAGCAAGGUUUUACGCGUCGUGGCGGCUCCAAAGGACUCGAAUUAUGUAGAUCUGAACGAGUUGCUAGACCUGAAACUGGGCGAGACGAAAGCGGUGCAAGUAAGUUUUACCGGCCAGAGGGACACUCUCCAGCGCGUGCGGCUUCCUUCGGCGGAACAUCUGCCCACGCGCAAAUGUGUUAACCUGGAAUGCUGGGAGAAUGGCACAACAGAGGGAGCAACAGAAACAAACACAGCUGGUUCAUCUGAAAGACCACGGCUCAGUCAUGGAAACCUCACGGACUGUCCCGUGCUGCUCGAAGAGCUCGACUCGGAGGGAACACCGGAAAUUUUAGAAAAAGAGACCAAAGCACUCGGCGAUGGUGAUUUACGGCGCACGGAUUUGUGUCUCAGCGAGAAAAGCGAGUCGGACGACGAAGUGAGUUUGGUGAUCGCGGAUUACUGCGUACACGAAUUGGCCGAUGAUGAGGCUCACUACAUCACCACGCGCGAAAUUCAGCUUUCCGAGCUCGACCACGACGUGGACUGCGACUUCGAAACAGCAUCCACUUGGGAUAUCGAUGACGACCACCAGGUCUAUUCGUUCGUGGACUACGCAUCUGCCGACAGCGAUGAACCCGCAGGAGUACAGGGGGAAGGCAACGAGGACGAGGCUCACAGGAGCACUGCAGUGAGCUGCAGUCAGGCAGAAAGUGAUCCGGGCGACAGGACCAGGAGCGCCACCUCACACGAGAAAGCGCCCGAGUGCCAAGGCAAAAGCACCGGCCACAUUCACCUGUCAAUCAAAGCCACUUCCAGAGCUAUAAACAAGCCUAGCAACGUCCAAGAAAAGGAUGGAGGCCACCCUCAUCCUCAUCCUCAUGCCGUUCACACUGGAGACAUGAGCCGCUGUGUUUUAAAGGACACAAAGGGGGAAAAGUGUUUGAUAGCUCUGCCCGGGCGUUUGCACUUUGGCAGCAAAUUCAAAGGCAAAGAUGUUACAGAGUACUCCAGCGGCACAUCCAGCGCUGUUAGUGAGUUAGAUGAUGCCGACAAGGAAGUGCGCAACCUCACGGCCAGAGCUUUCAGAAGUCUGGCCUACCCGUAUCUCGAUGCCAUCAAUUUCAGCACUUCCAGCGAGUCCUCGGCUUCAGAGCGCAGCAAAGGGCUGAACAGGUGGUCAGCGCUUGUUGAUCUAAAGUAUGGCAACGUGAACGUGUCCAAAGGAGGCGGUCACAAUAUAGUGGCCCAUCAAAGUGCCUCGUCUAAUUUUCAGUUGGCACAAAGGAGGGAGAGUAAAGGGAUAACGGGAUUAACACUGACCAGUAGAAGGGCGCCCCCAGUCGAGAUAUUUGCCCUGAACGGCAAUCUGGUGAACCCCAAAAACGCAUCGUCAACCAAAAAAAUUGAGCUCAUGGGCAAAAUCGGACAGGGUCAGAGCGGGGUAAUAAGGCUGACUGAGACGCUGAAUUUUCGCUGCAACGUUAAAGCGGGUCCGCCUGCAAACGAAAGGCGCAUGAAAUCCGCCCGAACCGCUGGAGGAUCACGUUCCGCAGAUGAGGUUACAAACCCUCGGCAAAAGGCGCACAGCAAGCCACCGUGCCAUUCAGAAGAAGCCAUGGAGGACGUGCACAAGAAAUCCAUAUUUGCUUCGAGCAUACUAAAAAAUGUCAUUUCGAAGAAAAUGCAGUUUGAGCAGGAGCGCAAGAUGGAGCGGGGAGAGAUCUGCGAGCCGGGCAGCCACGAGCACGAAGCGCACCGGGACAAAGCUGCGCGCACAGGACUUCACAGACAAAGCUCGAAACUCUCCGAGACAGGCUCCGACUUCAGUAUCGUGUGCCUGGAUGAGCUCGGAGACAUCGUGGACAGCGGGUCCUGCGACGCCAAGGACAACGAGCGCCACGAAGAAACUCUUGCGCUCGCAUCGGAAACCAAUUUAGAGUCGCAAAACUGCGCGGCAUUCGACGCUAAAAAAGGAGCUGCGGACGCGUCCAGAGGCGCACUGAUUCGGAGCCAAAAUAGCGCUUUCAGAAGCUGGAGGGACGAAGAGCUAGAGCUUCAAGCUGAGCGCGAAAACGAGCAAACGCCCGGAACGGACUCGACGAGCAGCAAGCUUACAAAAAUGUCGCGCUUAUUCGUGCCAAGCAUCCAACUCGUGUCCGAUGAGAGAGAGCUCGAGAAGCCUGAGCCGAGCGCGGAUAGGAGCCGAGCAGAGAGGAGUAUGAACACUCUGUCUGUAUCAGACGCCGCUCAGAAACCUGCAGCGUCGAGGUCGCCGGAAAUUAAAAUAAGCUUAAGGAGUCUGAGAGACAACCGGAGCGACGCGUUCAGCAUCGCUAAGCUCCUCACUCCCAGUACAGGCUGCAGUGCGGGCGGGCUGCUGAAAACAAACGAAGAGUCCAAAUACCAAGCGCUCACUGCUGCACUGAAGGGCGACUCGUCAGACAGAAUCCCACACUUCACCGUUAGAGACAUUCGAGACAAGGCAAAGUUGCAAGCGCCAAUACACCAGGUUAGAGACGUGCGCAAACUGGUUAAGAGCUCGUAUCACUUUGUAUCUUUGGACAGCAACAGCGCGGACAUGGAGCACAAGACCUCCAAACUGAGCACGUUUCGGAAUCCGACAACCCUUCCUCCUAUUGUGAUUAAGUGUCAGUCGGUGAAUACAAAUAGCAAUGCGAAGCAAUCUGAAAAAUUCGCAGAUUCCUCGAAUCACAGACUGGCUGAAGAUAUCCAAGAGGCUGAUGGGUCACAUCCUCAGGUGUCUAUAGAUGGCAUCAAUACGGGCUCGGCGCAAGUAAGUAAACCAACUGACCGGGUGCAUUUAGCCAACAUAAAGCAGGAGGAAACCCCUGAAUUAAGAAUUGAGACAAAAUCCACCACAAAAAGGCAAGAGAAAGUGUGUGACCCAGGUGAGAAAAAGGCCGAUCCCAAGAUGGCCGCUCUGGAGAAACUUCAGGCUGCUGUUAAGACAAUGGAACAGCUUUAUGUGUUUGACAAAAAUGAGUGGAAGAGGAAGUCCAAGCCCCAACCAAUAACUGACAGCCAUGUGCUUUCACUCCUGAGUAGUGAGCAUCAUGGAGGUAAUGAGCAAGACCAGGGGAACGCUAGUUCUUCAUCAGUCACCAUGAGGCAAGACUCAUUCUCAAGCCCAGAUAAGAUGGUAACUGCUGGACAGCAAUCAACACGAAAAGAAGAGAAGGAAACAUUUAAAACAUCACACACCCCUUCCAUCCAUGAAAAACGAAAGGACACCAAAACUCUGAUGCACCUUGGUGGAAAUUCUAAUAAGAAAAUUUCUAGCCAAAGCCACAGUCAGAAAUCUUUAGUGCCUGUCACAACAAGUUCAGCAAAGGCCCCGCAGAUGCAUGUCUCGUCCUCAGCAUCUAUUAGUUCUAUAGCUGUGAAGAACCCUAAGUCUCCAAAGUUACCAGUGUCUUUAAAUAUUACCAAGUCGAAGCCAAUCACGGAGAAGAGUGAAAAGCUAAGCAGCAAUACAGGCAAAGCCAAUAAGGCUGGAUUUGCCCCAGUUCAGUUCACGUCUUCAGUUGAUUCAGAGAAUUACAUAACCAUACCUGUGAAACCUUAUGCUACUGAUACCCAACAAUCUCACAUGGUACACAGCAGCAGCACCAAAAGCCACGGAGACAUCCAUCAGCCUCCCAAACACUCAAGUACUGUCAUGGAGACACGCUCCCCAGAUACCCCUACUGCUAUGAUCUACCAUCACCCUCUGCCCAUUACCAUGCACGCAGCACAGCCACAUGUAAUUUGUUUCUCUCCUACAGUGCAGCCAUCUCCAGUCCCUACAGACCACUUUCAGUCUACACAAAGAAAAAUGCUCCUGGAUCCCACUACUGGAAAUUAUUAUUUGGUUGACACGCCCGUCCAACCAGCCACAAGACGACUUUAUGACCCAGAAACAGGGCAGUAUGUUGAUGUCCCCAUGCCACAACGUCCUCCCAUGACCCCUGUACCUGUGCCUAUCUCCCCUCUUGCCCUUAGCCCUGGAGGCUAUGGUCAUACCUACAUGUUCUACCCAGGAUACAUGGCCUCCACAGUGAUUCCUGCCCGGACCAUUCAGUCUCAGCUUUCCAUGCAGUCGGAGGUGGAAGCAGGAGACAAAUCCCAUGCAGGGCAGCAAGGAGAUGGAGCCUACAUGGAAAGCCCUUAUUAUAUGCCUUCUGGGAAAUCUCUGCAGUUAACUCCAGGUGCUCAGCAUGUCACCACUGGCAGGGUGGCCAACAGCAAGGUGCCUGUUAUCAGCAUCACCUCCCAGCAAGGGCCCAGGAUCAUUGCACCUCCCUCCUUUGAUGGCACCACCAUGAGUUUUGUGGUAGAGCACAGAUAACUAUCUGGCCACUUGCAAUGAGCUGCCUAGAAUACGUCCAGUCAGCACUUCCAAGAUCUGAUGUGUCUAUUUUCUUUUAUUGACACAUGUAAUGUUUAUCCAUGCUUUCCUUCAACAGGAACAGCCUUACCAUUAUCAUUCAUCAUUUGCUUUGUCAUGUAAUGUAAUUCUUCAUUCUUUUCCUCUUCUGUUUGCAGUGCAACUAUGCAAUCUCUCUUUCUUUGUAUAGCUCUUUUGCACCUUUGAGACAUUGGUUGAAAAUGAUUUUGAAAAUGAGAGUGAGGGCUUAAUGCUACAGCGUUUCAGGUUAAAGCAAAAAAAAAAAAAAAAAAAAAAAACACAUUGGGUCACCUAUUGAAUAUUGUCAAGUCAUACAGAAUCCUAAAGCAAGACCUAUCUUCUAACUGGCCAAUUUAAGAGAAACUCUUAAAGAUCUCAAUAUUAAAACUUUUAUUUUCCCGACUAAGAAUAAGUCACAAAGCAUUAUAAUGCCAAAAGUCACUAAAGCAGAAUCAUAAACAAUCCUGAAUGCUUGCUACUGGCAAUUAAUGCCAUGAAUCAAGUUUGUGUAUUUGAUAUGUAUAAUGACAGUGAGUAAAUGUAGUCAUCUCACCUAUUAAGUUAUGUAAUACAGCUGAAGAUCAAAGUUUACAAAAUGCUACUUGGCCACAUGAAAGAUGAACCACAAAUAUCAUCAGACUACAUCAAACAAUGAACACACUCUCCAGACUGCUAUUACAGAUUCAUUGACAGAAAGCAGCAGUUUUCAAGUAAAUAUUGACAGUAAUUGGCUGAUGUACAGGUCUUCCUGAUAAAGUCAUUAAUGAAAACCAAUUGCACAUGUCAUAUAAAAAGCAAUAAUAAUAUUAGAAUGAAACAGCCAUUAUUUUCAUACUUUGUGAAAACAAAAAUAUAAAUGCUGACAAUUCAAAUAUGUUUUCUUUUAUAUGUUUAUAUAUAUUAUAUUUAAGCAAUAUCAGAAGAGCAAGAGUGCGAUUAUACUGAAUAUUGGCAUGGCUGUGAUUCACCGCAGGUAUGAGCCACAGGGUGAGUGUCAAUAUUCAGUAUAACUGCACAACUGCAAGCGGAAUAUUGCUUUUAUACAAGAGUUCUAUAAACGAGAAAUUAAUAUUGUGUAAGUGCCAUUAAUAUGAGUGACAUUUUGGACACAAUAUGGCCAAAUUUUCUGUUUAUUUUUGCUCCGCUAGCGGAACUAGAUCUUGAAGAAGCCACACUCACUUUAUAGUACGUCGUCUGGCUCGCUAGCUAGCUCACACUGAUUUGUACAUUCCUGUUAAAGGUGCUUCGCAUAAAAUUGGCAUCCCUUCUUCCUUUUCAUCUUCAACUGAUGAGCGUUCAUAUUUUAAUCCAAAAGUUAUAUUCCUGAAAAGUAUCUUAUGCCCAUGUCCGUUGAUGAUGUCACUAACACUGCUGUAGUAACUGUUUCAAACUAGGAAGUGUAAUUUUACAUGUCAAACACAAAUGGGCGGAGUGAUACACACAGUAAAACAUCCCAGUGUGGUUAUAGGAAAUAUAGGCACUCAUGGAAUGCCUCUCAACCAAUCAAAUUAGUGGACUGGAACUAACUGUUGUAUAAAUAUGUUUAUAUUAUAUUAUAUGUUUAGGUUAUUAUUUUGGCGGGGGUCAUGAACUGGUGGACUGGGUUCCGUAUGUGGACCCAGCAAAGUUUUUCAGCCUAACGAACUGAGUAAUUGAAGACUGUAGCAGAGAUAAACAUAUAAGAAAAAAACAGGCUGUAGUUCAGCAACUCUAGUUUUCAUAAACCAGCUUGGUUUUCUUAGCAAAUCAUCUGUUGCGGUCAUUCACCUACAUUAAUGUAAUUGUUUAGCUGAAAGCAGAUCAUCGGACCACAGCCUAGUUACAGGGCUAGAGAUAGUAGGUCUCAAAGGAGGAGAGUUUUUACAGAAUUUCAUAGAUUUUUAUUUACCCUCCUUUCAUUUUAUAUGCCCUCCCUAGUAUGAUUUGCUUAACUGACUUGCUUAAAGAAAACAAUGAAAAUUCAAAAUUACUGUCUGUUCAGAGGCUGUGACGCUAGUCAAAAGUAACCUGAAGCAUGACCACUUUGAAUUGUCUUAUUUAACUAAUCAUUAAUCAUUAAGCAUUAAAGGAUAACUUGUCACAAUUCAGGAAUUUUGUGCACCUGAACCUUCACAAAUUUUAGAUUAAUACCCCUGCCCUACUUAAGAAAUAUGAAAAUAUUCUAAACAUUCGAAUUAAAUGUGCUUUAAACAUACAAAUCCUGUCGUUACUACACAGGUAUAGGCUAUGCUGACAAUUUGCCAAAAAAAUAUAUUUGAUGUGAGCAUUUAGAGGAUUUUGUUCAUGUAUGUAAUUACUCUCAUUUGAUUUUUUUAUGACUUGUGCAUUGGGAAUUUGUCCUCUGUCUGAUACCACAUCAUUGACAAUAUUCAUACAUUAACAUGCUAUCAGCAUAGCAACAGGGUCAACCCUGCCCUUUCUCUUGAUAUAGAAAUUCCUUAGUUAAAGCUUCCCUGAAUGGUUUCUUGAAUAGAUUUUAAGUAGAAACGCUUAGUUAGGAACUUUUAGUUCCACUAAGGAGAGAUCUUAAGAGGUAAUAUAAGAUUGUUUGUGAAUAUGGCCCCAGGUUGGUGAAAGAAUGACUAAAAUCUUGAGUGUGAUAUUUUUGUUAUACAAAAAAAAAAAGUAUUUUUGAACGAUACUGUGAAAAUAACUCAGCAGGUUGACUGGAAAACACUGGGAGGAAAAUAAUUGAGCCUUAUAUCCCAGAUUCUUUCACUUGAACUGUUUUACGUCUCGGUUUUCAUUACUCUUAUCUAAGAGGUGCUUUUAGAUUCAGUGAGUUUUGGAUUACAGUACAAUGUGGUACUGUAUAUUUACGUUGUGUUUUGCUACUCAUUGUACUGUGAGAUAAAAUCUCCAUCAUAAAACACAUACCAAGGUUUGUGUUGAUUAAUAUGGUGGAGAACAAGAUGUUUUAGGGGACAAUCCUCCUCUAUGUAUCUUAAUCACAGUGCCAGUACAAUUUAUGUGGUUUGUGUAAGCGUAAGUGAUUUUGUGAGCCUAAGCAUUUAGCCUCAGCCUUUCUGGAAGGGGUGAUAAAAGCCCAGCAGUAAAAUAGCUCUUAAUGAGGAAAUGGGAUAUAAGGUAAAAUUAUCUUUACUGGAUUGUUAUCUAACCCUGCUGAAUACCGUAACUCACAGUGCGAGAAGGUAUACUGCACAUCUGGUGGUCUCUUGAUUAUAGUUUUUUUUACAGUUUGUUAAAGAUUUGAAUUAAUUCUAUUUUCUUCAACUUGCAUAAAUGCCUCAAAGAACAACCUGACUUAACCUGACUAGAAAUUGGUCAAUAUAGAAACUGUCAGCUUAUACACUGACUGACCACUUUAUUAGGAACGCUUGUACACCUGUUCGAUCAUGCAAAUAUCUAAUCAGCUAAAUAUGUAGCUCAGUGCAUAAAAUCAUGCAGAUACAGGUCAAGAGCCUCAGUUAAUGUUCACGUAAACCAUCAGUAUGAGGAAAAAUCGUAGUGAUCUGUGGCAUGGUUGUUGGUGCCAGAUGGCUGGUUCGAGUAUUUCAGAAACUAGAGACCAGCAGUUUCUGAAAUAAUCAAAACCAGCUCAUCUGGCACCAAAAGCCUUGCCACAAAGUUACUGAGAUCACAUUUUCCCCCAUUCUGAUGUUUGACGUGAACAAUAACUAAAACUCUUGAGUGGCAUCUGCAUGAAUUUAUGUACUGUGCUUUAUAUUUACAGUUACAGUUUAAUAUUCAUACAAUCAAUUACAUAAAAAAGUGUACUGACCCCAAAUGUAUAUAAAAAACUUCUUUUUGAGAUUGAGUUUCUUUUUAUUAAGGAUUUGGGCCCUCUGCUUUCCUGUGAUGCUGUAGUAGUUUUGUAACUAGUU